UGGGCCGCUAGAUAGGAUUUCCGAGCCACAUCGCAGUUUAUUCGGUGUUCGAGACUAGAAGCCUGGAGAAACGUUUGUUGUUCUUCCAGAACACGCCCUCGGAAUCCUAUCGCCUCCCACAGCACACGACGCGCCUUUGCUGAACUCUCUCUGUCGCCAUGCUGCCGGCGGUCGCCGCUGCAUCCCCCGGCCUCUCACAUCUGCCGCGCUACCACCACCUUGGCCGUCGCUUUCACCUCCGCCGCCACCGCCUUCUACCUGCUAUUCCGGCCAGGCUAUCGUGUGGGGCCACCCACGCCCGCCGCCUUCUCCUUGCCGGCGCGUUCGCAAAAGGGGAGGGUUCUUCAGGACAGGAUGUUGAUCACUCUGCUGGUGCCACAAAUUCUGGGUCUGCAUACCUUGGUCUCUUCGUUCGAUUGCUUGGCUUGGAUAAUGACACCCGUGAUAGGGAGCAUGCUGUUUGCACACUCUAUCAAUACUCCCUUGGUGGAAGGAAGAGCAUCGAUGAGAUAAUGCAAUUCCCUGGUUGUAUUGUUCUCAUCAUUAGCCUCCUGAAAUCAGAGUCCAUUCUUGCCUGCGAAGCAGCCACAGGUCUUCUGCGUAACAUUACGUCAGUUCACAUAUAUAGGAAGAUGGCUGGUGAGAGUGGAGCAAUGGAAGAAAUCAUUAAUCUUCUCUGUAAAUCUACAAUAACCCCCAAGAUUCUAGAGCAGUGUUUGUGUACCAUUUGGAACUUUUCUAUUGAUGAAAAAUGGAGGUACAAGGUUCUGAAGAGCGAUGUCCUAAUGAAGAUUGUUGGUUACCUGGAUGAAGAAGACAUACAAGUCAAAGAAGCCGCUGGUGGUAUCAUAUCAAAUUUAGCUUUGAGUUCCUCUAGUCAUGGAGCUUUGGUUGAAGUAGGCGUCAUCCCAAAAUUGGUUCAUCUUUUGCAAACCAAAGAAGAUGACUAUAAGAUUAUUAGAAAGGAAGCUAAAAGUUCACUAAUACAGCUGGCCACUGAUGAUUGUUACUACAGCCUUAUAAUAGAGGAGGGUCUAGUUCGGGUUCCUUUGGUUGGCUCAGCUGCAUAUAAAGCCUUUAAACCUCUCCCUCAUUCAUGGCCCUCUUUUCCUGAUGGCUCUAAGAUUCAGCGGAGUUCUCAUCCCUCAAAGUACGGUGCUACCGAACUGCUCCUUGGCUUGAGUGUCAAUGAGAACGAUACAAAACCAGAUGAAGCUAAAAUUAAUGCUAUGAUAGGACGUUCUAAUCAGCAAUUCCUUGCACGUGUUGGAGCUAUUGAGUUGGAUGAUCAAGGACAAGAGGAAUCUGGAUCUGAAAAGAAUGACAUGUAUACCAUUUUGCCAUGGGUAGAUGGUGUUGCACGGUUAGUUUUAAUCCUUGGACUUGAAGAUGUCUCUGCAAUCAAAAAGGCUGCUAGAGCAAUGGGUGAUGCAUCAAUAAAUGAACAUAUGCGUACCUCAUUCAAGGAAGCUGGGGCUGUUAAACCUCUACUUCAGCUGCUCAAGCACAAAGAUGUACAUGUUAGAGAAGCUGGUGCUUAUGCGUUGGAAAAAUUAUGUGUAAGUGCCACAGUCUGCCAUAAUAUCAAAACAGAAGGUGGACUAGAAUUGCUUGUAAAUAUAGUCAAGGAUCGACAUACUCCAGUAGAACUACUAGAGAAGAUAAUUUAUAUACUUUCUCGAAUGUUUGACAUGGGGAUUUGCAUGGUUGCUGUGCCGGAUACUGAAGGUUAUAAGGAUAGUGAAAACAGUGCAAAGACAUCUGUUAACCAAGAGAUGUCCAGCGAGUUGAUCUUUGAUUUUGAUGCUAUCUCACACUUAACGGAAGUUCUAAAGGAAGCAUCGCCAAGGUUGCAAGCAAAAGUCUGUUGUGUACUUGACCAUAUAGCAGCUUCGGAGCAACAUGCCACCGCAAUGACUGCUGCUUGCACUGGUUCAGUAAUUGAAGCUAUUCUUGAAAUAGGGGUUAUUCAUGGGACCAGAAGUGACUCUGAGAACUUUGAAAUUCCUAGUGUAGUUAUAAAAGAACUCAGUGAGGCUGUGUCUGCAGCUGUGAGGUUACUCUCAAAGUUAUUGAACUUUGAUCUUUUCAUCCGCAGCAUAAACGGUGAAAAAAUCACUUCUUUGCUAAGAAGAACGCUCAAAUCAAAUUUCCCCCUUCAGUCAAAGGAUUGUCUUGCGGCAUGCCUCAUUAAGCUAGAAUCCAGAGCUGGCUUAUCAGGAGAUCAUGGUGUUAGUAGUAUAGAUAUGGAGAUAACUAUCUAUGAGACUAUUCCAAGGCUAAUUGAGCAAAUGAUGAUAUCACUUUCGUUUGAAAAUAAAAGAAGUGCUGUAAUAGAGCUCAACAAGAUAAUAUCUGGUGGUGUGCUGGAAUAUACAAGAGCAGUGGCAGAUUCUGGAGGCAUAUUUCCACUGGUGAAAAUGCUUGAAGAGGCGGAUGGAGAUGCACUGGAGGCUAUCUUAUCUAUCUUAUAUAAUCUGAGCAUGGAUCCAGAGAAUCACCCAGCAAUAAUUGCUGCUGGAGCAGUGCCUCUGUUGAAGCGGAUUGUUCGUACAGAAGCCCCACAAUGGAGUAGUGCAAUUCAGCUGUUGAGAACAUUGCCUGUAUGACAUUGAUGAAGAAAAUGGCCAUUCAUCGCCAACAAACAUUAUAAACUGCACUUAGGGCCUGUUUGGUUUGAUGGCUAACUUGCCACACUUUGCCUAACUUUUGUGCCUAAGGUUAGUUCUUCAAUUCGAACGACUAACCUUAGGCAAAGUGUGGCACAUUUAGCCACGAACCAAACAGCCCCUUAGUGCAUGCACAGGUACAUUGUUAAGAUUUCAUCAGUGUCUACACGAUCAGUUUGUUCCAAAUGCCUCUGCGAUUAUGAUUCUUUGAGGUUGUUAAUCACUAGGGAUGCUAGUCACCGUAUCACUUUUACAUGUAUACCUUCUCUCUUAACAUUACAAUGGUAGAGGAUAACCAUAAUUGGAGUACAUAUUUGGAUAUGGAUACAAGGUUUACUGCCUUUCUUGGAUGUUUAGGAGACAAAAUUGAUGCAAAAAUAAAAUUCAAUUAGUACUCACAGGACUACUAGCUGCUUUGGGAAUUUUCUGGAAUAUAUAAAAAGAAGUGAACUCAAAACCAUUCAACUUUUUAUCUUAGUUUCAGUUGCGCAUUGCUGAAUUUAACAUAUGUGCAAUUAAGGGUUGGCAAUCAUAAUACUCAUGGAUAGAAGUAGAAUUUGUGAAGGUUCUAAGAAUUUAUUUUCUGGUCCUCCUUGAUGACUCGACGAUGAUCAGAGCAUAGGGAGGCAUACUUUUAUCUUCGAACAAACCUUUGGUGGAUAUACAAGUAUUUGUUGACUGAAGAAUCCGAUGCAGCAGAAAAUGUCUUUGAAAAAGUUUGGAUUGUUUUACCCUGUUGCUUAAUACACCACUAGCAAUAAUGACAUCCUUUACUGAACAUGAUUUUCUUUUGCAGCCAAUUUCUUAGAUUGAGGUUGCGGUUGAACCUAGCUCCAGCUCCCUAUCAUCAUCAAAAUUUGAAUUUUAUGAUCUGGAAGAAAGCAUCAGCAAGGCAUUUCCUCCAAAGUAGCGAUAUAUGCUGCCCUUUUGGCUAGUUGAAAAGCACACCGGGGCCUGAUGUGUCCUUUUGCUCACAUCACAUGCCACGGCAAUAGCUAGUACCACGAACUAUUUUGGAUACCGGCAGUUUGCUGGUUGUGAGAGGACCCAAGAAAGUUCAAAUUGUAGCUUGCUAAAUCGUCGUGUUUCGACACUAGGUGACUUUACUCUUUAAAAAUGCUAUCCUUUUUGUGUAACCUGAAAUCCUGAAUAACCUCCACGGUGCCAAUAUCAAAAGAAUCUCUUUUUGACUCCA